CUCUCUAUCUCUUUGAGUGUAAUCACAUACGUUACCUUGAAGAAGAAGCAAGAUAAUAAAGAGAAAAAAUGGAAUACCUUGAAGAAACGUUAAGCUCAAACCCUAAAACUCAAAUUUUUAUUGAUGAUGAUAAUGAGUUGGGUUUGAUGGCCGUUAGACUAGCCAAUGCUGCAGCCUUUCCAAUGGUUCUCAAAGCUGCCCUCGAGCUCGGUGUCUUUGACACCCUCUAUGCUGCCUCCGAGUUCCUCACACCUUUCGAGUUAGCGAGUCAGCUACCAACCAAGCCCCGUAACCCUGAGGCACCAGCUUUGUUGGAUCGUAUGCUUCGUCUACUUGCUAGCUAUUCAAUGGUCAAGUGCGGUACGAUCCAAGCUGGAAAAGGCGAGAGGGUCUAUAGAGCCAAGCCGAUUUGUAGGUUUUUCUUGAAGAAUAAUAUUCAAGAUAUUGGAUCUUUGGCCUCUCAAGUCAUUGUCAAUUUCGACAGUGUGUUUCUUAAUACCUGGGCACAAUUGAAAGAUGUGGUGCUGGAAGGAGGGGAUGCAUUUUGUCGCGCACAUGGCGGCAUGAAACUCUUCGAUUAUAUGGGAACAGAUGAGAGAUUCAGCAAACUCUUUAACCAGACGGGAUUCACCAUUGCGGUCAUUAAGAAGGCUCUUGAAGUUUAUGACGGUUUUGAUGGUGUAAAUGUGUUGGUUGAUGUGGGAGGAGGAGUUGGUAACACUCUUGGUGUUGUUACUUCAAAAUAUCCAAACAUUAAAGGUAUCAACUUCGAUCUCACUUGUGCCUUGGCACAAGCACGUUCUUACCCUAGAGUGGAACAUGUCGCCGGAGAUAUGUUCAUUGAUAUUCCAACCGGAGAUGCCAUGAUCUUGAAACGUAUACUUCAUGACUGGACAGACGAAGACUGCGUAAAGAUUCUCAAAAAUUGUUGGAAAUCUCUACCAAAGAAUGGUAAAGUGGUUGUAAUAGAAUUAGUAACUCCUGAUGACACGGAGAAUGGAGACAUCAACGCAAACAUUGCCUUUGACAUGGACAUGUUAAUGUUCACACAAUGUUCCGGUGGUAAAGAAAGGUCACGAGCUGAGUUUGAAGCUCUUGCUGCAGCUUCCGGCUUCACCCACUGCAAGUUCGUUUGUCAAGCUUAUCACUGCUGGAUUAUUGAGUUCUGUAAAGAAAAUGUGUAAAAUAUAAAACCAAAUCGUCCUAAUUGUUAUU